AUGAUCGACCUUCACGGCGCGGAGCACGUGCAGCAACUCCUCGGGGUAUACGAGGGGUACUUCGAUCGCGGCGCCGCCGCGGGGAGCGGGCUGAGCGAGUCGCAGAACGAUUUCGUUCGACAAGGCGUCGUCGUGUUCUUGGGCGCGCUCGCGUGUCAUCUCCCGAGGGAAGACCCGAAGAUUCGACAGAUUUUAUCCCGGCUCGUCGCGGUGCUGUCGACGCCGUCCGAGGCGGUGCAACGCGCGGUCGCGGACUGCCUCCCUCCGCUCAUGCCUUCACUGGAAGACGACGAGCGCAGGACGUUGAUCGAAAGCCUGCUGACGCAAGUCACGUCCGGGGAGGGGUACGCGGACCGCAGAGGCGCCGCGUUCGGUCUCGCCGGCGCGGUCAAAGGCGUCGGGAUCAGCUCUUUGAAGAGCAUGGGCGUGAUGGACGCGAUCAAGGCCGCGGUGGAGGAUAAGAAAAACCCGGACGCGCGCGAGGGCGCGCUCAUGGCGUUCGAGCUCUUGAACGUCCGACUCGGUCGUCUGUUCGAGCCGUACGUCAUCCACGUACUUCCGAUGCUUUUGGUGUGCUUCGGGGAUCAGAGCGCGAACGUGCGCGAGGCGACGAUUUCCGCCGCGCGCGCGGUCAUGGGCCAGCUCAGCGCGCAAGGCGUGAAGCUCGUGCUGCCGGCGCUGAUGAAAGGCUUGGAGGACAAAGCCUGGCGCACGAAAGAAGGCAGCGUGCAGCUCUUGGGCGCGAUGUCCGCGUGCGCGCCAAAACAGCUCAGCGCGUGUCUCCCGCAGAUUGUCCCGCGUCUGUCCGAGACGUUGAUCGACACGCACCCGAAAGUCGUGGACGCGGCGUCGCGCGCGCUGAAGCAAAUCGGCGACGUGAUUCGAAACCCGGAGAUUCAGGCGCUGAGUAACUACCUCCUCGGCGCGAUCGCGAAGCCCGCGGAGCUGACGCAGCCGUGUUUGGACGUUCUGCUCGAGAUGACGUUCGUGAACGUCGUGGACGCGCCGUCGCUCGCGCUGAUCGUUCCGGUGUUAUCCAGAGGUCUCAGGGACCGACGGGCGGAUUUGAAAAAGAAAGCCGCGAAGAUCGCGGGGAACAUGUGCGCGCUCGUGAGCGACGCGAAGGACAUGAACCCGUACGUCCCCAUCUUACUCCCGGACAUACAGAAGAGCUUGUUGGAUCCGAUCCCGGAAGUCCGCGCGACGGCGGCGGCGGCGCUCGCGAGCCUCGUGAAGGGCAUGGGCGGCGUCGAGGAGCACUUCUCCGAGCUCAUGCCCUGGCUCACGGAGACGCUUCAGAGCGACGGCCCGCCGACGGAACGCUCCGGCGCCGCGCAAGGGCUCGCGGAGUGUCUCGCGGUUCUCGGCGCGGAGUACUUCGAGGCGAUACUCCCGGAGAUUCUCGCCGGGUGCCAUCACGCCGCGCCGCACGUCCGGGAAGGCCACCUCACGCUUCUGCGCUUCCUUCCCCUCGCGCUCGGGCGGACGUUCGAGGCGCACCUCAAGGAAGCUCUCGCGGAAGUCCUCGGCGGUCUCGCGGACCCGGACGAACCCGUGCGCGACGCCGCGCUCGGUGCCGGGAGAGUCUUCGUCGAGGAGUUCUCCCACAGCGGCCCGUCGCUCGAUUUGCUCCUGCCGUCCAUCGAGGACGGCAUCGCAGCGGAGAACUGGCGCAUCCGACAGAGCGCGGUCGAACUCCUUGGCAGCAUGAUGUUUCGAAUCGCGGGGACGUCUGGCAAAGUGCGCGUCGAGGGCGGGUCCGACGACGAGGGCGUCAGCACGGAAGCGCAAGGCAAAGCGCUGACGUCCACGCUCGGGGUGACGCGGCAUCACGACUUGCUCGCCGCGGUGUACUCGCUUCGCUCGGACCCGAUGCUCGUCGUGAGACAGGCGGCGCUGCACAUCUGGAAAACCGUCGUCGCGAACACGCCGAGGACGCUGCGUCUGAUUCUUCCGCGGCUCAUGCAGCGGCUCAUCGCCGGCCUCAGCGCGCACAACGACGACCGACGGACGACCGCGUCGCGGUGCCUCGGCGAGCUCGUUCGGAAGCUCGGCGAGCGCGUCCUUCCCGAGGUGUUCCCGAUACUCCGCGCGGGUUUGGAGAGCGAGGACAAAGACACGCGCGAGGGCGUGUGCCUCGGCUUGGCCGAGGUCUUGGGCGCCGCGCGGAAAGAACAGCUCGAGGAGUACUACGCCGAGGUCGUGCCCGUGAUCCGAGACGCGCUGUGCGACGCGGAGGACGCGGUGAGGAACGCCGCGGGGAGCGCGUUCGACGCGAUGUUCCGCCACGGCGGCGCGGACACCGCCUCGGACAUCGUCCCCGCGUUGCUCGCGAAGCUGGACACCGACCCGGUCGCGCUGGAAGGGCUGAAGCAAGUCCUGCGCGCGCAGCCGAAGAUUCUCGCGAGCGUCUUACCGAAGCUCGCGUCGCCGCCGAUCAACGCCGCGCGCGCGAGGACGCUCGGGUCGCUCGCGGAGGUGGCGGGCGCGGCGCUGCCGCCGCAUCUUCCGCUUUUGUUCCCCCCGCUUCUCGCGGCGAUGGGGAGCGACUCUAACGAGGACGAGGCGGACGCCGCCUACGCCGCCGCCUCCGCGGUCCUGCGCGCGGUCCCCAUCGACGCGCACUACCUCCUCCUCCCCGAGGUUCUCGGCGGUCUGAGCGACGAGACCGCGUCCACGCGCGCCGCCGCGGCGAAGCUCUGCGGCGCGUUCGCGUCGGAGGCGCCGUGCUUCGACGAGGACGACGACGUCCCGCAGCUGAUCACCGCGCUGUUCGAGCUGUUCGUCGACGUCGACGAGGCGGUGGUAUUAUCCGCGUGGACCGCGCUCGGGGUUAUCAUGGCGAAGGUCGCGAAAGAGGACCAGGCGCAUUACUUGCGCGACGUCUGUCAGGCGGUGGACACGGCGAGGGAAAAAGUUAGACGACGCGACCGCGGCGCGAGCGAAAUUUUGAUCCCGGCGUUGUGCCUCCCGAAAGGCUUAGCGCCGAUCGUGCAGGUGUACCUGCAAGGCGUGCUCACCGGACGGCACGCGGAGGAUAAAGAGCAAGCCGCCGAGGGUCUGCGAGCCGCGGUGCUCUCGACGACGACGGCGGCGAUCAAGCCGCACGUGAUUCCGAUCACCGGUCCUUUGAUUCGCAUUUUAGGCGACAAGUACCCGGGUUCGGUGAAGAGCGCGAUAUUAGGCGCGCUCGCGGUGAUGAUCGAAAAAGGCGGUCUCGCGCUGAAGCCGUUCGUGCCUCAGCUCCAGACGACCUUCGUGAAGUGUCUGUCCGACGGCAACCGCGCGGUGCGCCAGAAAGCCGCGGCCGCGCUCGGAAGGCUCAUGGUGCUCCAACCCCGCGUCGAUCCUCUGCUCAGCGAUUUACUCACCGCGUUGUCCACGAACCCCGACCGCGGCGUACGCGAGGCGACGUUACGCGCGAUCGCGGGCGUGUUCGCGCACGCGGGGAAGAACGUCGGCGCCGCGAACGUCGCGACCGCGCGAUCCGCCGUCUUCGAGUCCCUCCUCUGCGCCGUGGACGACGGCUCGCGCGGCGCCGCUGCGCUCGCGCUCGCGCAAGCCGCGGCGUGGCUCCCGGACGACGACCGCGGCGUCCUCGUGGAAGAGCUCGGGAGCGGCGACGGCGACGCGGACGAGCGCGAAGGCAGAGCGCUCGCGCUGAGCGCGAUCGCGCGGACGUCCCCG